CGAGGUUCUUGCUGGACCAUGGGAUGCAACGUUGGGAUUAUUGGGUAACUACAUUAUUGCUGGAAGGCGUCGCGGGCUUAGGCGGUUUUGUUCAAUUAUUCAAGAGUGUUUGGUGCGAGAUUAGACCGUCUGUGACAUUUUCUUUGUUAUAGUUUUUGCAACUUAAUCACAGAGUGGGUUCGAAUGAGCCUGGUGAUAUUGUGCGGACGUUAACAUGAGUUUGACUUUACUCAUUCAUGCUCACAUGCGAACUAUGAUCUUCAACACAAGUGGGGAAAAAGUCGACUCGAACUGGAGUCUUAGAGAUUAUAUUUUAGUGAUAGUCCAGUACUACUCGCAUGCAAGGAAAUCAUAUGAUACAAUUUGAAAGCAAAUCGCUUCUUGGACUUACUGAUUUGUUUUAAAUAGCAUGCACAAUUAAAUGGAGCAGCAGCGUCAAUGGAUUGUGAUUGACUAGAUGUUUCUGAACGACAUUCGCGAGUAUAGUUUCUCUUCAAAGAUUUCAUCGGGAGGUGCUGUAUCGAUAUAUGAGCACGAAAUUUGCGGAGGCACCAAGUUUGUAUCAGGAUCUUAGCGAACAUGGAGGCUCUUCAUGUAGGGGGUGGGAGACAACGGGUUACUCACUCACAGUCUUCCACCUACGCUUCGCAUGCAGUAUCGCUUGCACCUGCAAUGGCACCAGUAACCUUGGCAGACAACGAUAAUGGCCUCAAUAUGCGUAACAUCGACAGCAAUUUGGGGACACUUUGUGAGCAUGUGCAAGUGGAAGGAUGGAAAUCAAAAGCUUUCUCAGACAUCGUUGUGAAGGCAAUGGGGCGCACUUUCCUGCUGCACCGUUUACUACUCUCUCGGAGCUCCUUCUUCAGAAACAUGCUGCAGGGUCCUUGGAGAGAGGCAGGAGCUCCCGAGGUGACGCUACAAAUAGACGAUGAGAACGUGAAUGCGGACGCUGUUGAAACCGCUUUAGCCUAUUUGUAUGGACACUAUCCAAAACUCGAUGAUACCAACGCCUUUCGAGUGCUUGCUGCUGGUUCCUUCCUCGAUCUUCAGGAUUUAUGCUCUCUUUGCACGAACUUCAUUAUUUCGGAGCUUUAUACCGAGAAUUUUCUCGCUUAUCAGGCGUUUGCCGAAAGCCAAGAUUAUGGAGUACACGGUGAAAGGGUUCGCAAGGCAUGUUGGGGUUAUCUUUGUCGUGGCGGAGCUGUUGAGCUUCGGGAGAUUCUUCCGAAGCUUUCCACUCAAACCUUGAGGAAACUAUUGACCUCUGAUGAACUCUGGGUGCUGAGUGAAGAGAAGAGUGAUGGCAGGUUUGAGCUUGCAUCAUAUGUUCUGGCAGCUCGUGGUGUGGUGCUCGAGAUGCCUCAGAUGCCAGGCACUGAAUCGAAGGGCUCGCCUAUUGAAGGGAACCCUGCAACAGAGGAUUUAGUUUUGUCUGUUUCAUCUGCUGACAAGGAUCAGAAACUUGAAGAGACUCCUGACAAAGUUGCUUCUAGGUUGACAUCAGAUGGAGAGGUGAGUCACGUGUCGGUGGAGGGUGCACAAGUCCCAACUACGAAAGAAGUUGCAAAAACUGUGCACGAUAUUUUGUUCGAACUCGUUGAUUCAGCAGUUACCAAUUUUUCUGCUGGAAUUUCGUCUCCUUCAACUUCCUUGAAUCUGAACUCCUGCGAUUCUGCACAAGGUAAUCAAGGUCUAGGAGCGCCAGUAUGCAUGUGUGAUCAUGGUUUGGAGGCUCUGAAUGGAAAGCCCCUAAAGGAAGUAGAUCCAUCACAAGCUUUUAUUGAGAUACGCAAAGAUGGAGAAGCUUGCACGAGUGGGGAUACAUGUUCUACUCCUGGCCAGUUGAAUUUUUCUGGUGCUGAAUCUGGGUUUUGUGGACGGUUCGGCUUUGAAGAACCUUGGAAUCCCCCUCGAACCGGUGAACACGUUGGUCAUGAUCUUUGCUCACCAUCACCAGAGACAACUUCGUCGCCGAGUAGUAAAGUACCGCAAGACCAAUGGUCAAGGGAUAGUGCUUGCCCAACGCCUUCAUGGGGUGGGCGAGUAGUAGAGAGGAGAAUGAAGAAAGCUUUUCCCAACAAUGGAAAUUGCGGCAUUGCCGAAGAUUGGGAGGCUUUCUUAGGAGUGUUCGAAGGGGGAGGUGUUCUCUAUUGUCAUAUGACGUUCGAUGAUUUGCUCUAUAUGCGAGGGCGUUUGGAGGAGCUGGGUUUCCCAUGCAAAGCAGUCGCCGAUAGCUUGUGGUUACAGACACACUUACGUCAGCAAGUGCUUACAAUUGCUGCAGACACUUGUAGGAGUUGUAGCUUAGUGUACGCAAAUUGCAGUUGCCGCCAGUUCAACCCAAGUUAUGCGCAUAGUAGAAUAUCAGGUCUGCUCUACAGAGACGACGGUCAGAGUACAGACCCUAUACCCACUGGGAUUUUUCCUGGAGCGGAGGGCAUUGGUGGCACCUCAGGUAGUGGAAUUGGUGUCAGUUCACAGUCUGCUGGUCGAGUCCAUGUUCGCAACACAAUAGAUGGUUUAGCAGGUGUCGGUCGAGGUACAACUUUCGGAGCUCCUGGUAGUUGGCCGGCUCCUAGAUUCCUCUACAUUCCCACCUUAGGGGCGUAUGGUGGAAGAGGAAACCCUCAGCAGAGUGGAGGUGGGAAUAAUCAAGCGGAUGUAAGGCUUGAUCUUAUUGGACGCGACCUUGCCGUGGCGCAUUAUGCACCAGAAGGUCCCACUCAAGGAGGCACUGCUUCAGCUAGUGUUCCAAGCCCUGUUCAACCAGAUCUCACCUCAAGGACUGAGGGUUCAUCAGUUGCAGGAAAGCCUGCAAGUAUUGAUACAAGUCUGAGCAAUGUGAGCAUCGACAAAGAUCUUGCUACAAAGGAAUAUGAAGCAGGUGGAGGAGGAUCCAUACAGUUGGAUUUGAACACACCUUUGCGCAGCUUUCCCCCGUUCCGGUUUGGGGUUGAAUUUGAAGAUGUGAAUCGCCUCCAAGAUGGCCAGUCCAAGCAUUCACCAGAAGCUUUCUAUGGCGGUUCUUUGUGGAAGGUCAGUGUGCAAGCCUUCAAUGACGAAGAUCCGAGGGGGAGGCGCACACUUGGUCUUUUCCUGCAUAGGCGCAAAGCAGAGGACGUGGGUCCUCACAGAAAGGUUUCCUUCUACACCGACACCAGAGAAAAGGUGACAGCUCGGUACCAACUGAUAUGUCCAGCCAAACGUGGCGUGAUUCCACUUGGAAGCCUUACCCAAGCAGGGACAUUGCUACCAAAGGCACCUAAAGGGUGGGGCUGGCGAACGGCUUUCUUGUUCGAUGAACUACCAGAGCUUCUGCAGGGUGGUUCCCUUCGAGUGGCAGCUGUUGUACAACUUGUCUAACGUGCACCCACAAGGAGGAACAAUGCUCAGAAACUCUUCUUUUCCCGCCUGGUCGAGUUCUUGAAGUGUGUUCUAAGAAAAGGAAUAUUGUACUGUCAUGUGGGGUUCAUUCCUCGUACUGUAAGAGUAGAAGAUACAUGUAAGAUUUCAAUUGCGAGUGGGCACAAAGACAUUUCCUUAUAAUUUGAAUCGAAUUCUUACACUAUCAAAAAACCUAUUUUGUAUGGGUCGAUAUGAGUGGAGUGAGUCACAGUAGAGUUGACCCUUAUUUUGUAGAUGCGAGGUUUAUUUUCUUAUCAAUGUAACUGACUCCAAAGCUUGGACCAUUGUGGUGAAACAUCUCUCCUGAUGAAAUAUUCUCUUCA